GAGAGUUGGCACUUUGGGAGCAGAACAAAAAAGAGCAUCUGGGGGGAGAACUGUGAUGGAAAACCUGGCUGUCUAUCACGGACCCAUUGGCAAGGAGGAGGGAGAAAGGCGGCUGGGCCAGGACGGCCGAGAUGGGUGCUACCUAGUCCGUAACAGCGACUCUGUGGAGGGUGUCUACUGCCUGUGCGUGCUGUGCCAAGGAUACGUCUACACAUACAGAAUCCACAAGGAUGACGCAGGCUCAUGGGCAGCAGAAACCAGUCCUGGUGUGCAGAAACGAUAUUUCCGGCAAAUCAAGAAUUUGAUAGCAGCUUUCCAGAAGCCUGGACAAGGAAUUGCCAUGCCUCUGCUCUACCCUGUCACCGCUCAGAGACGGGCGCAGACACACACAGAGGAGCCCAGUAAUAGCCUGUCGCCGACACAGAGCAGCCCAAACCCUUACUUCCAGCAGCGGAAGCCACAUGGUGCACAGGGACAGAAAAACAGGAACAAGAAGGAGGUGCGACAAGCUAUUGCUUAGGGACAAACCCUAAGCUCACCACUGACCUAAUUUUAAACAGAAAUACUGAUUCCUACUGUUUGCAUUUUGCAUAAUGUGCAUCAAGUAAAUGUCAUUUUUUUCCUCUAUUUGCUAAAUUGAGCUCAUUUAGGCUCCAGCAGUGACUCACUUCUCAGCAUCCUUCUACUUUUUUUUUUUUUUUUUUUCUGCAUAUGCAGCACAGAAAGUGCCCCAUAACUUUCUGGGAUGUAAAAUGCUCAGCUGCAGAAUCAUUAAUAUCUAUUACUGCAUACAUAAGCUGACAACAAAUAUUGUGCUCUGUUUUCUUAAUGCAAUAGAGUUGUGUGAGUGGCAAAGAAAAUAAAUGAU